AACUAAGCAACGUAGAUCCUUAUUUCAUUUCAGCAGAUCGUAUUCUUGUCUGAUUGCUGGACCGGCACUAUAAGAUCGUAUUCGUUCAGAAGAUGGUAGCUUAUUUAGUUGAGCGUCGUUAUGUGCCAGAAAACGGCGCUUCCCAUUCCACAGCAGAGCAGGGGAACGAUGACGCUUUAAUCCAGGAGGAACUGAAGGGCAUUGUACAUCACGACUAUGGUUCCAUUGCGGCUAAGGACUUCGGCGGCAUGCACACGGCCAAGCCGUUAUGCGUUGUCAGGCCAGCGGAUGCAGACGACGUGGCGCGGGUUGUCAGGAUUGCGCUGCGGUCGCCCUCCCUCACGGUGGCCGCUAGGGGUAACGGCCAUUCCGUCCACGGCCAGGCCAUGGCUCACGGCGGCGUCGUUGUCGACAUGAGAUCCCUGAACGCCGCCGCCUCCGACUUUAACGGAAUAACCGUCUCCCGCAACUGUAGCAAAUCCGGAGGCCCGUACGCUGACGUCGGCGGCGGGACCUUGUGGUCCGACGUGCUGAAGCGCUGCGCCUUGGGGUACGGAUUGUCCCCGCGGUCGUGGACGGAUUACCUGGAUUUAACGGUGGGCGGGACGCUGUCGAACGCCGGCGUUAGCGGCCAGGCUUUCCGCUUCGGCCCACAAACGUCAAACGUAACAGAGCUGGAAGUGGUCACCGGCAACGGGGAUAUAACCGUCUGUUCUCACUCCCACAAUUCCGAACUCUUCUUUUCCGUUCUCGGUGGUCUUGGGCAAUUCGGUAUUAUCACCCGCGCACGGGUAUUGCUUCAACCCGCCCCGGAUAUGGUGAGGUGGAUAAGAGUGGUGUACAGUGAGUUCGACGAGUUCACUCGGGACGCCGAGUCACUGGUGACUCGGGACCGCUCGGUUGACUACGUGGAAGGAUUUGUGUUCGUCAACAGCGAUGAUCCUGUGAAUGGCUGGCCAUCCGUGGCAAGGGAUCUAGGUCACCAGUUUGACCCGGCCCGAAAACCCAAGAAUGCGUGUCCUGUUUUGUAUUGCCUUGAGGUGGCCCUAAAUUACCGAAAUGAUCACCAUCCCUCCACCGUUGACUUGAUGGUGGAAAAAGUGAUGGAAGGGCUGGGAUAUUGCGAGAAGUUGAGGUGGGAAGCAGACGUGAGGUACACGGAUUUCUUGCUGCGGGUGAAGAAGUCGGAGAAAGAGGCUCGGGCGAAUGGGAUGUGGGAUGCGCCUCACCCCUGGCUCAACCUCUUUGUCUCCCAAUCCGACAUGGCUCGCUUCGACCGGCUCGUGUUCAAGAAGCUUUUGAAGGAUGGGGUCGGCGGCCCAAUGCUCGUCUAUCCUUUGCUACGCUCCAAAUGGGAUAGCCGGACUUCGGUGGUACUGCCAGAGGGGGAAAUCUUCUAUCUGGUGGCACUUCUCCGGUUCAUCACUCCAGGCCCGCCGGUUCAGCAGUUGCUGGCCCAGAACCAAGAAAUCAUCCAGUGCUGCACAAGAAAUGGGGUGGAUUUCAAGCUAUACCUUCCUCACUACAACACCGAGGACGAAUGGAGACAUCAUUUCGGGAGUCAAUGGUCAAGGUUCGUCCACAGAAAGUCCACUUUUGAUCCGAUGGCCAUUCUUGCUCCUGGACACAAAAUCUUCACCCGGAGCAAACCAUAGCUAGCUAGCUACUCCUUACCCACACUUUCCCUCCUUUGCUUUGAUGGUUUUCGAUGCUCAUUUUUGCUGUAUCUCACUUGUUCCCAUGUGAAGAAAUGUAAAACGGGUUUAAAGAAGAUUGACUACUAUACUCUGAGGUAUUGAUUUUGUUAUUUCUCUUUGUAGAUUAUUUAAAUUAAAUUCCAAGUAAUUAUUCCCUUGGGUGCAGGGCAAAGCCAAUGAGGUCCAGGAUAAUCAACUGACUCCCUAAACAUCGAUCAUGUAUAACACACUAAAUUAUUUUGGAUUUCAUGUGUUCUCACAGUUAUAACAACUUAUUAUUGCUAGUAAAAGGUUAUGAAUUCUACAAAAUCACCACGAUUUAAACGUUAAAUGAGUAAAAUUUGAUGCGCAAUAUGGAAUGUUUAUUUGAUGCGCACUAUGAAGUCUAUUAAAGCGCUAGCUCAAUGCAUUUAAAGAGAAAAAGUCUUCAACAAUGAUAAAAAUGUAAAAUAUACGGAAUCUAGAUCUGAAAAUUAAUGUGAGGUAGUUAGAGAUGGUAUAAAAUAUUACAAGUAGGGUAUUUAUACAUUUUUUUAAACCCCCCUACUUUUGAGCAAAACAUACCACUCAAGGGAGUAAUGAUUUAGGUAAGCUGCUAUCGAAGUUGUUGCUGGAGUGAAUGGAUGUGAGAAUAGAGACGAGUAAUGGCUUGGAGAACACUAGCUCUCUUGCAAAUUAAUUUCCAUUUUUCUUUACCCAAUGAGAAGGGUGGAGUACACCAUGACCACUCAACCUUCGUUUAGGAAGGGUGUAGGAAAGUUGAUACUACUAGUCGCAGAUAGAGGUAAAGUCGAGGACUCGAGGGUGAAUAAAAUAUAAUUUUUCAACCUUAAUGAAAUUUACCCCCCCCCCCCCCCCCCGAUCACUUGAGAAAAUCUUGGUCUAAUAGUAGAAAGAUUGACCGAUUUAGAUUAGACACAAAUGUUGGCGAGUCUUUUAAAGUAUAAACGUGUUAAAUUUUACUCCAAAAAAAGGUGUUAAAUUUUACUUAGACAUUUGGAUGGGUACUGGGUGACGAGAAGGAUGCUGAAAACAUAGAGUGCGGGAGAGAAUAUUGAACAGUCAUGUUCCUUAAAUAGGAGUUAUGUUUUAGAUACUAAGAGACCCGAGUUAUGUUUUUUAAGAUUUAGUACAAUGUUAGUUUUUAAGGAGUCAAUCUCGUACGUAAGAACUCCAUGUAAAGCAUGAUCGCACGAAAGUAGUCUUGAGAUGGGUGACCCCUCCUGGAAGUUUGUUACAGUAUUAUCCUACUAUGAAGACAGUAUUGAGUUUGGGUGGCAUUCAUGGGUAACUAUCAAGAGUUGUACGGGGCGGGUGUUACACCAUGAGCUAGGAGAAGUAAAACUUUAAAUCUUUUUAAAACAGAUGGAGUAUAAUUUAAAAUAUCUUUGUGAUCCACGGGUGAAAAUAUAGUUAGAUUGCACAAACUAACUAACAAAAAAUAAGGGUAUUUAAUAAUGCAUAUAUAGGUCCAUUAAAAAAAAGUGUUGUUUUUAGUCCAUUACCAAAAGCAUGCAAAAAACAGGUGACUUUAAUAAGGUACAUGAUUUCAAUUGCACAAACAAAAUAACCAUUCAAAUAAGGCUAAACUUUAAACUUCAAAACAAAAGCAAGAAGAAGUAGGAGAAUGAGGAUGCCAGUUGAAGAGCCACCCACCCUGUAAAUCCAAUAUGGAUCAAACCUGGUAAAGCUUCUGUCGAAGUACCCAGACAAUGCGAUGGCAAUCAUAAGACUCGCCAAUAGAAAAGGCUGCACAAAGGAAGAAGAAGAAGAAGAGAAAGCGGAACCCGGCUGCUGAUCCUCAUAAACCGGUUCCUCGUCCUUGUCGAUGUAAAGCGGAGAGAGCACCGCGAGAAGUGUGAGUCCUAUGGCAACUGGCUUCUUAUAGAACGACAAUCUGAUCACGCCACGUUUCACCAUCACGCUAGCCGCAGCACUGAUCAAGAUGAGAAGUAGUGGUAGGUAUAAAGCAGAGAUUAUGGUUUCAUCAUCAUCAGCAGCAUUUGCUUGGCCUGUCUUUCUUUUCCUCUUUCUGUCAAUGUAAAGAGGUGAGGCUACUGCAGCAAGGCCAAUUGCUAUGGCUAAAAGCCUGUGUUGAUUAGUUUGCCUCCUCCCUAUUGCUUCCUGCCUUUUCUCAACCAUUUUAUUUUAUAUAUAGACACACACACACCAACCCACUGUGUAAUUAAUGAGCACUCUAGCUUCUAAAAUCCUG